UUCCGGUGGCUUCACUUCCAGUGUUUCAAAGGCGGGCGAUUUUAACGCAGUGAACGUGAAACAAAGGCCUCCCUCCGUAUUCUUUCACAUUUUUGUUUCACUGGUCUGUAAAUUUUCCAUUUUAUUCUCCUCCUCGUUUUUCUCCACCAGGCCGCUCAAUUUCAAAAUUUUCUCUCCCUUUUCCUUCUCGCCCGCUUACUGAAUGCGCUGUUUCCUGUAGUCCAUUUCCCCAUUUUCGCUUCUUUCUUGCUGUUGCUUCCCCUACCAAAUGUGGGAAGAAACAACAAACCUUGGGACUCAAUUUCAAACUACUACUCAUUUUAAUCCCUCCUGCAUUUAUUUUUCAGCUCUUGCUCGUUUCUUGCCUUUUCUUUUGCUGUGUUCGCCUUCGCCCGAAUCAAUCUCCAACGUUUCGCGUCCCUCAUUUCAGUUUUCUUGAUUGGCAGUUCUAGCAAAUUUUCAAGAAGUAUCUGGAAGGAGAUAUGAUACAUACUGGUAGGAUGGAAGGAAACUUAUAAAUACUCUAUUGAAGAACGCAAGAGUCUUUUGUGGUCAGGGGCCUUAUUUGCUUUAAAUGUAGGCAGUUUUGUCUUCUAGGAGUGGACAAAAUAUGGCACCGAAUCCUAAGAUUUCAAAGGCUUUUCGUGCAAUGAAGGAUAUUGGGAUCAGUGAAGAUAAGACAAAACCAGUCUUAAAGAAACUUCUAAAAUUGUAUGACAGAAACUGGGAGCUUAUUGAAGAAGAGAACUAUAGAGUUCUUGCAGAUGCUAUAUUUGACGAGGAAGAUAGUAAGGUUAUGGAGGAAAAGAAAUGUCAGAAUACUCAGGUGGAGGAUUUUGGGGAAGAUGUUCAGGCGGCUGAUGAGCCAGAACGCCCUCUGAAAAGGUUGCGCUUAAGGGGCCAAGAAGCCCAAUUGGAUGGGAUGGCCUUAAAAAAGCCCAAAUUGGAAGAGGAUGGGCUUCCGGAAGCUUGUCCCCAACAGCACAUGCAGUUAAGUGUGCCUAAGAGAUCUGAGACUGAUCCAAGUCCUUCUCGCCGUGUAGAUAAAGGAAAGGAGCCUGUAUCACCAAACAUGGUUGCAAGAGUGAAAAAUUCUAACGUAGAUAGACCAUCCACUGCUGUGCGUAUUAAGGAACCAGCAGCUGAGUCAUGUGUUAAAAAUUCCAAAGUGAGGGCAUCUGGGGCUCUUUCAUUGCUCAAACCUAAAGAUGAGCCAUUUACGGAUGACAUAUUUACCAAUGAGUUGCCAAUUGCUGCGAUUCAUCCAGAUUCUUCAAGAAAAGAAGAUUGUUCUAUUGCAAACGUUUCAGUUAGGAAGCCAGAUGGUCAAGUUGCUCAAGUGUCGAAUCCUUUAGAUGGAAGUAACAAAGGUGAUGGUACGGGAACCUUAUCAUGUAAUACAGGCAGUGAGCUUGCAAUGGUCACGGAAGAAUUACAUCCUAACUUAGAGAUUGCAUCAUCACCCCUAGGAGAGGUAAAAAUUUCUUUGUGCUGCGACUCCACUUUUGGACGACCAGAUUUCCGUAUGCCUAGUCGUGAUGCAGUUAUUAAAUAUAUGGAGGAAAAAUGUCUGCAGUCAUAUAAAAUCAUUGACCCCACGUUUUCUGUUAUGAAACUGUUGAGUGAUAUGUGUGAGUGCUUCUUGGAAUUGGGAACUGAUUCUCCUGAUGACCAACAGGAAGGAUCAAUAAAUAGAAUACCACUUCUAGAUGUUAUGAAGAAUUCAGACCCAAUGGAUUCUUCAGGGACUGUUGCCAAUGAAGGAAAUUUGAAUCCAUCCACUUCCGUGAAUGAACCAGUCAGUAUAAUCUCUGAUAGAGUACUUCCGCAAGAUUCUAGUGUUUUACAAUCAUCAAGUAUUUCCAAUGACCAGACUAUCCACGAAACCUCUAAAAGCAGCAAGGAAAUUUCAAAUGGUCAUUCUGAAGAUGAAGCCAGGAAGGAAUUUGAUAAUCUUGAGGCUGCAGAUCCACAGAAUUUGAUGGUUGUUUCACAGUGUCAACAAGCUUCUGAUGAAUUAAGCUUCUCUCACGAUGUGGAUGAUAUAACCAAGGGAGAAGAAAGGGUUCAAGUCUCUUGGGUGAAUGAAAUUAGUAAAGAGCAUCCACCAUUAUUUCACUAUAUACCUUGCAGUCUUAUUUUCCAAAGUGCUUUUGUAAAUUUCUCUCUCUCUAUGAUUGGUAAUGAUAAUUGUUGCCAAUCUUGUUUUGGAAAUUGCCUUACAUCGUCUGUCCCUUGUGUUUGUGCACGGGAAACUGGGUCCAAGUAUGCAUACACAUCAGAAGGUCUUGUUAAGGAAGAUUUUUUGGAAGAGUGGAUCUCUCUUACUCGUGACCUUCGAGGAAACCAUCAGUUCUAUUGUAAAGAAUGUCCUCUUGAAAGGUCAAAGAAUGAUGAUUGUUUAGAACCUUGUAAAGGCCACUUAAAGAGGAAGCUAAUAAAAGAAUGUUGGAGUAAGUGUGGCUGCAAUAAGCAUUGUGGAAAUAGAGUGGUGCAGCGAGGCAUAACUUGCAAGUUGCAGGUAUUUUUUACUUCUGAAGGAAAAGGAUGGGGCCUUCGAACCCUUGAAGACUUACCUAAAGGCUCUUUUGUUUGUGAAUAUGCUGGAGAGAUAUUAACCAUCUCAGAGAUGUAUCAUAGAAAGGUGCAAAGCGCCAAUAAUGGGGAGCAUACCGACCCAGUUUUAUUAGAUGCUUUUUGGAAUUCAGAAGGGCCUUUAAAGGAUGAAAAAGCUCUCUGUUUGGAUGCAAAAAACUUUGGGAAUGUUGCCAGAUUUAUUAAUCACAGAUGCUUCGAUGCAAACUUGGUUGACGUUGCAGUUGAGAUAGAGACUCCAAUUCAUCAUUAUUAUCAUCUUGCCUUAUUCACUACAAGAAAAAUAGAUGCCAUGGAAGAGCUAACUUGGGAUCUAAAUCAAGAUGAAGUGGGAUUCGGGACUAAUAUCUACUUUUUGAUGUCAUGGCCUUUUCUUGCAAGAUGAAGUUAUUAGGAAAUAUUGAAACCACAAUGAAUUUGCUUCAGCUCCUGGCUAAUGUCUAAUUUUGUUGUAACUGUACUUCAGCUGGCUCAUGCUUUUUGGCUGCUAGUUUAUACGUAUUACCUCAAUGAUGGAUCUCUCAUCUCUGACCGUUCUAUUUCUAUCUAGUGUUGUGUUGCAAGUUUUGAAGAUUGUAAUUUAUCUGAUGUGGUUACUUUUGUUGGGAAGGGGAAUCAAGUUUUUGUAUGUUCUGCCUAA